GAUAAAAUUUGAGGCUGACAGUUGUCCUGCCCCUUUGGGAAGAAAUCACAGUGAGGGAAGGAGGGCAGCGGCCCUUGUCCUGACUGUGAUCCCGGCGGCCUAAUUCCCUGCUCUUUUUUUGACUGGGUGCUUCACUUUACUGCUAACAAGGAACAUUAAACUGUCAGGAGACGUACCCUCCCAGCAGAACCGCGUGUUCCCACAGCAACUAUGGCAAGUGGUAUGGAUUCAGAUGGUGAGCAGGUGGUGCCCGAUGGAGAAGGCCCUGAUGUGAAAGCCGUGCAGGCCCACUAUCUUCGCAGUCCCUCUCCUAGCCGAUAUUCGGUGUUAUCGGAUACAGACACUGAGAGCAUCUUCAUGGAGCCCAUCCAUCUGUCAUCUGCUGUGGCUGCUAAACAGAUCAUCAACGAAGAGCUGAAGACAAAGGAGGUGAAAGCAGAUUCUGGGUGUCCAGGGAUGCUCGAAUCUGCAGAGCAGCUACUGGUGGAAGACUUGUACAAUCGGGUUAAGGAAAAGAUAGAUGAUACCAGCUUGUUCAACACACCAUGUGUCAUGGAUUUGCAGAGGGCACUUGUGAAAGACCGUCUUGAGUCUCCAAAGGAUGCCGUUGAUGAAGUCUGGCCAAAUGUCUUCAUAGCAGAAAAGAGUGUUGCAGUGAAUAAAGGUCGCCUAAAGAGACUAGGAAUUACUCAUGUGCUUAAUGCUGCUCAUGGCACUGGUGUGUAUACAGGACCAGACUUCUACAAUGGCAUGAACAUCCAGUAUUUAGGCAUUGAGGUGGAUGAUUUCCCAGAUAUGGACAUCUCUAAACAUUUCCGUGAGGCUGCAGAGUUCCUUGAUGAAGCACUACUAACCUACAGAGGAAAAGUCUUGGUCAGCAGUGAAAUGGGAAUCAGCCGCUCAGCAGUGCUGGUAGCUGCUUAUCUGAUGAUCUUUCAUCAUAUGACAAUCUUAGAAGCCUUGAUGACUAUACGCAAGAAGCGCGCCAUAUAUCCCAAUGAUGGCUUCCUGAAACAGCUCCGGGAGCUCAAUGAAAAGCUAUUGGAGGAACGAGAAGAGGAAGGUGAAGAAGAUUCUGAUGAUGACACAACCAGUAGCCAGAGUUCUGUUGUCAGAGCUGGAAGCUCUUCCUUGAUGUCUGGGAGAGAAGAUUCUGGAAGUAUCAUGGGAGCCAAAGUCCACUCUAUCAUGGUGGAAGAAGAAGACACAACAAGCCUCCUGGGAAGUGUAAUGAGUACCUCCUCUAUGGGAAAAUCGAGCUUGGUUUCCAAGCAGCCUACUCUUAUCAGUGAAGAAGAAGAGGAACAACUCUAUGAAGAAUGGAGGAAGAAGCAAGGCUUGCCUGCGAAGGAACUUUCAAACAAGGAUGGAGAAAGCAAACCCUCAGACCUUACGUUUCAGGUACAGGAGGAAUCUGAGGCGGAUAUGAGUCAGAUGAUCCAAGAGUGGCAGUCCAAAAAUGAAAAGUACCAAAUGGAAAGCUACUUGUUUCCCAAGGAGGAGGAUGGAGGUUCUAGAAUGGGUGAAAGGCCAUGCUCUGUAAAUGAUGUAAGUGAAACAGAAAGUGUGAGUAGCCAAGAGAUCAGAAUCUUGAAACAACAGCUAGAAGCAAGUGGCAUUAACAGAAUGAGGAGAGGGCGUACAGAUUCCAUGUCUACAGAAAGCAGCUGGGAUAUGUGGAAUGAGAGGAUGAUGGAGAUAGAGAAGGAAGCUUCUCGGAAAUAUCAUUCCAAAACUAAAUGUGGUCAUGAGAAUCCAAGGCCUGACAAUGGAACAAAUGGGAGGGAUAUGGAUGAGGAAAGUAUAUUAUCUGAUACUAGCUCAUUUUAUAAUUUCUGUCAAAAGAACAAAGACAAGCUGACUGCCUUAGAAAGGUGGAAAAUCAAGAGAAUUCAGUUUGGAUUUCACAAAAGAGACUUAGAGGCCUCUGAGAAAUCAAAGGAUGAAGAUGGCAGCCAACAAAAUAAAGAGGCUAUGGAAGAGGAGAAGAACUUGUCAGAUAUCAACCUGACAGCUUACCAAGCCUGGAAGGCUAAACAUCAGAAGAAGGUAGGCAAUGAGAAUAAGGAUGAUAUUGUGGAGCUUGCUAAAGGUGAAGAUUCUGCUUCUUCCAGAAGAAAGCAGAGGCGAAUGGAGUUACUUGAACACUCAAAGAAAGUUCUGGAAGAAAGUCAGUCUCUCUGCAGCUGGGAGGCAGAAAGUACAAUGAGUGGAAGCAUCCCUUUGUCGGCCUUUUUGCCAUCAACAGCUUCCGUAAAUGGUGCACAGGAUUCUGCCUCAGUAUUGAGCAUGCAGACCAAUCGCUCAUCUUUCUCUCAGGCUAGAGGCGGUAGUGCGGCAAUGUCAAACCAUUCAGUAGCUACAGGUGUUCCUAACCUUCCUGUUGGCCCAGAAGACACUAUAUCUAUAGCCAGUAUUCAGAAUUGGAUUGCCAAUGUUGUUAGUGAAACUAUUGCUCAGAAACAAAAUGAGAUCCUAAUGUUGUCCCGCCCAUCAUCGGUAUUAGCUUCAAGUGUUAAAUCAGUUGAUGAUGACAAGGCAUCUCUGCUUAGUGCACAAAGUGGCUUAUCACUACCUAGUUCACUAUUUCACCAGCAGGGCAACCAAUAUGCUGACACUCAGUCCAUGCUGUCUUGUAACACCUCAAUGAGCGGAAGGACAGGAGGAUCCAGCUCAAGCAGGAAAGUGACACAAACAAGCAAGCCUCUUUACAGCCUCUUUGCCGAUGAGGUUGACUUGAAGAAACUUAACAGAAAGGAAAGGGAGAUGCAAACAGAGAUGAGAGAGAAAAUGUCAGAUUACCAGACCGAGAAGGUUAUCAGUGACAAUAAACGUAGCACUUUAUUUAAAAAGAAAAAGAUCAAGGAAGAGGAUGAAGAUGAGAAGGCAGAAAAUUAUGCAGAAAAUGUAAUUGGUGGCCUUAGGUACCCUUUAGAAGCUCAUAACGACAGGAGUGACACAGCAUCUUCUUUCUCAGGCCAGUUUGCCAGAGCAGGUGCUAUAAGGUCGGAGGUAGAAAAGAAUGUAAGUAAGUGGCUCAGUGGCUUGAAAACAGAAGAAAAGUCCUCAUACCAGGACUUCUCUGAUGCUAGUGGAGAAAAAUACAGGAGAUCAUCCUUCAGAGAGGUGGACACUGAGGCUUCUAGCUAUAAUUUUUGCAGAUCUCAAAGAGAAGAAAUUGAUCGCUCUUCAACCUUUCAGUGCAAAGAUGACUUGCAGAGAACCUCCUCGCGAUUUUCCUCUGCGUCUGCACAAGAAGAUAAGGCAGCUCGCACAUUUACACGGUCCAAAUUCAGUGAGACAAGUUCCAGAGAAGAAAGUCCAGAGCCAUAUUUUUUCAGGAGGACACCAGAACCAUCCUGCAGCUCAGAAUCCCCUGAACCACCCACCAGGAAUCGGAUCAGGUCACAUCGCUUGGAAGAGCGCGAAGAGGAGUCCAGUUCAGACACGUCUGAGUUUGGAGCCAAGAGAAAGUUCACCCAGAGCUUUUCAAAGUCUGAGGAGAAUGCAGAGAAAGAAGAAAAGGUAGAAGAAAGAAAAGAGUGUUAUGCAUCAAGGCAGUUAUUCAGACACAGGCAAAGCAUGCGCAAGGAGGAGGAGGAAGAAAUGGAUGAUGAUGCCAUAAUUGCUGCCUGGAGAAAUCGGCAAGAAGAAACUACGGCGAAGCUCCGUCGAAGGAGAGAGGAGCGGAGUGAUAGAGAACAAAGUCAUGCCAGCUCCAUGUCUCCCCCUCCCAUUUGAAAGAAAACUUCCACAGUGCCUACGAGAAACCAAGACUAAAAUGCCCCUCAGUUUCAUCAACCUCCAUUGCAUUUCCUAUCACCCUUCCCAGAACAGAGCACUGCAUUCAUCCUACAGGUAUUCUCUUAUCUUUAAUUCUCAACCUGAGAUGAAGAUACUAAUGACAGUGGCUCUUCCCAAGAAAAAGGGAUUGUGUCAAUAGUCAAUUAUUGGUGUGCAGAAAUGUAUCAAGUUGUUUUUGAGACAAUUUCUUUAACAAAACAGUAAACAUUAUUAACAAUAAUAAUCAAAAGAAACAACAGAGGCUCAGCUAAUUUGCUUCAGAUAUUCAUUUGAUUCUGUUUACUGCAAUCAUUGAAGAGUCACUCUGGGUUUUGGUUUGUUUUCUUUCCGCUUCAUCAUGAUUAGAAUUGGAACAAAAUCAGCAGCCUUUGCCACUAGUUUGAAAAUGUAGCUGCUCUUACAGCAUAUAUGCCCUGUUCCCUUGUGGAUAGUACAAUUGAACUUAUAUUAUUCCUUUCCUUCUAAAUCCCAAACCACAGAGCCUUUUCUUUCUCUUGUGUGUAUCAAUAGAAGGGAAACUACUGAGAGAAUAAAUAUAAUGUUUGUUCCCAUGACAACUUGUAACUGAGCAAAAUAUCAAUCAUUGGUCACAUGGGGAGAUCUUGUUUAAAGGUUUUAAUUUUGUUUGCUAUAAAGGAGACAACACUAGAUAGAACAAAUUACCUUUGGAACAAAACAUCAGGCCCAGCCUUAGAAAACAUAUGCUACAGUGGUGAUUAUCCCUUUUAAAUGUAAAUCCAGGAUAUAUAUUGGUGUGUGCACAUUAAAGGGAAGAGAGUCACAUCUGUUUGUUUGCCAUGGAUCAUGGAAUCAUAGAAUUGUAGUGUUGGAAGGGACCCCAAGGGUCAUCUAGUCCAACCCCUUGCGAUGCAGGAAUCUCAGCUAAAGCGUUCAUGACAGUUGGUCAUUCUACCUCUGUUUAAAAACCUCCAAGGAAGGAGAGUCUACAAUCUCAGGAAGGAGACCAUUCCACUGUUGAACAGCUUUUACUGUCAGAAGGUUUCUCCUGAUGUUUAGUCAGAAUCUCCUCUCUUGUAACUUGAAGCCAUUGGUUUGGGCCCCACCUUCUGUAUCAGAAGGAAGAAAGCUUGCUCCGUCUUCCAUGUGACAGGCCUUGAGAUAUUUGACGAUGGCUACCGUAUCCUCUCAGUCUCCUCUUUUCCAGGCUAAACAUACCCAACUCCCUCAACCAUUCCUCAUAAAGCUUGGUUUCCAGAUCCUUGGUCAUCUUGGUCGCCCUUCUCCUUGCCAUAAAUUCACCCCACCCAGCCUAUUCUUUGUCCAGAAUGUCCUUCUACUUCAUCUUGCUCCUCAGACCUUCCCCCUACCCUGCAUAAAUCAGGAGCAGCCAGACCCGGCACCAUCUUCAGCUUCUUCUCUACAUCCAUAAGAAUGAGCUGGUAAUAAAGUAAUAAAGUGGCAGAGGCCUGAGGUGAUAGAAUUGACUGCAUCAUUUCAAAUGUUGGGAGGGGAAGAGAAAAAUAUUUUUGAAAGCUCCUCUAUAUUAACAAUGCACUGCAAUCAGAAAACUGAUGUGCUAUGGGGUGGUAUUUGCAGGAAGCUUAGUACAUGGGAAAGCAAUUUUAAAAAAAUAGCAUACCCCAUCAGCAACCUAAUGUAGGGUAGUCCAGGGCAGAUUCAGAUUUGAUAGGGCUUUUGGCAACGUGGCCUCCCCAGGCCCCUGACUGUCGGCUUACCUGGCCACAGCAGGUGACUGUGGGCCUCUAUUUAACAUUCUCCACUAUGCCCCUGACAUAGCAUUGUUCUGGGACAUCAUGGGAAAUGGGAAGUGCUGGUUUGUCAAACAGGCAGGCUGGGCCAGCCCAGGAGGAAUCCCUGCCACAGUGCUAGGGCACCAGCUUUUGGCAUCAGGUGCCAUCCAAAAUUACCUCAGGAUUCUGUUACCUCAGGAUUCUACUGCAUGUGUAGACUAGACCUGAAAUCCCAAAUCCAAAACGCCUUUGCUUUCCCCAGAUAAAAAUGGCACUCCUUCCCACCACCUAUUUCUAUCUAACCAGUGUUUUGAGUUGGUUUCAGGUAAUUAUGACUGUCCAUCAUUUUAAAAAUAAGAGGCUUGUUUUUAGACAAAAGGGUGUUUGAUUCUCUUUAAAUGGGCAAGUUGAUUCAGCCGCAUCUGCCUUUCUCGUGUGCUCUCACCUCCCUCUGCUCUCUUUGGAAACAAGGUUUAAGUCCAUCUACUUUCAUAUUUUCAAACAAAACUCAUGAAAGGGCCAUAAAUACCAUGACUCGUUAAAAUGAAAGCUGUUUUCUCUUCCUCCCAUGAGACUCCUUCCUGCGAGAAUGGUAGAGAGAGUUCAAUUCUUUGAAGAAUUCUUCUUCUCUUCAACUAGCUGCAACUGAAAGCUCUCUUCUGGGCUUUGUUCCUUGCAUCAUCUUGACCAGGCUUUGCCAUAGCUCUUCUUUUUCUCUCUGUUGCUUCUGCAAUUGUGAAGGAGGAUCAGCGCUGGAUAAGGAAAAUGGCUUCGUUUGCACAUUCUCAGAAAGCUUUUCCGGAGGGGUGGGGGAGAGAGUGCCACAUAUGAAAGGCUUCCUCCCCUCUAAUAUAGAAAGUUGAAAUUGCUAUACCUUCUUUAGCAUGCCAGAGGCACAAAAUGAAGGUUAACAAACUCUGGGACAACCAACUAAAAGGUGUAAUCAAGAGAUGACAUUUAUUCCUGUCCAUAAUUGGAUAUUGGCUCUGGUAAGCUCCCCUCUCGCCUGGGUCAUCCCAGGGAUAAAUCUUUGCAGGACCAAGGCCAGGUAUUAGGGAGCGGGGCUUGCAUUUUAAACUUACCUAAUUCACAGUUUCCAAAAUAAUACAUGAAUUGAUCCUUUGAAAUCGGCAACUCUCCAAACUUUCCAGUGCAACCAAUUGGCCCCAACCAAUGUGCACAAAAAAGGGAGAGGUGUACAUAAAAUGGUGAAAAUAAUAUACAAAAUGCAUUAUUUUGGGGAAAGGUUUGUGCAAAAUGUGUAUAUUUUUCAAAAUUGCAUACAAAAAUGUGUUUAUUGGGAGAAAUGUACACCAAAAUGCCGACAAAUUUCAUAAAGA